GCAGGAAAGCUGAGUUCUACUCUCUCAUGGGUGAAGAACACUGUAUCGCAUACUGUCAGUCAAAUGGCCAGUCAGGUGGCAAGUCCAUCUGCCUCAUUACACACUACAUCCUCCUCUACCACUCUUUCUACUCCAGCACUAUCACCAUCCUCACCAACGCGGUUGAGUCCAGAUGAUUUAGAAUUAUUGGCUAAACUAGAGGAACAGAACAGAUUGUUGGAGACAGACAGCAAAUCCUUGCGUUCAGUAAAUGGCUCAAGAAGAAACAGUGGCUCCUCCCUUGUGUCUAGUUCAUCAGCUUCUAGCAACCUCAGCCAUCUCGAAGAAGACUCCUGGAUUCUUUGGGGAAGAAUUGUAAAUGAAUGGGAAGAUGUACGCAAAAAGAAAGAAAAGCAAAUUAAGGAGCUUGUUCGAAAAGGGAUACCCCAUCAUUUUAGAGCAAUAGUUUGGCAGCUUUUAUGCACUGCUCAAAGCAUGCCAAUAAAGGAUCAAUAUUCAGAGCUUUUGAAAAUGACUUCUCCUUGUGAAAAACUGAUAAGAAGGGACAUUGCUAGAACAUAUCCUGAACAUGAUUUUUUUAAAGAAAAAGACAGUUUUGGGCAGGAGGUUUUAUUUAAUGUUAUGAAGGCUUAUUCUUUAGUGGAUCGUGAGGUUGGAUACUGUCAAGGAAGUGCUUUCAUAGUUGGGCUGCUGCUUAUGCAGAUGCCAGAAGAGGAAGCAUUUUGUGUGUUUGUCAAAUUAAUGCAAGAUUAUAGACUUCGAGAACUCUUUAAACCAAGUAUGGCUGAGCUGGGCCUUUGUAUGUACCAGUUUGAAUACAUGAUACAGGAGCAACUACCAGAGCUUUAUGUGCACUUUCAGUCUCAGAGUUUCCAUACUUCUAUGUAUGCUUCAUCAUGGUUUUUAACUAUCUUUCUUACAACUUUUCCACUACCAAUUGCAACAAGAAUAUUUGAUAUCUUUAUGUCUGAGGGUUUAGAAAUAGUAUUUCGAGUAGGUUUAGCAGUUCUUCAGAUGAACCAAGCAGAAUUAAUGCAACUUGACAUGGAAGGGAUGUUACAGCACUUUCAAAAGGUCAUUCCACAUCAGUUUGACAGUGGCCCAGACAAACUAAUCCAAGCAUCUUACCAAGUCAAAUACAAUGCAAAAAAGAUGAAAAAGUUAGAAAAGGAAUACACUACAAUAAAAACUAAAGAAAUGGAAGAACAAGUUGAAAUUAAAAGAUUACGAACAGAAAACCGACUCUUAAAACAGCGCAUUGAAACACUAGAAAAAGAAAGUGCUUCCUUGGCAGAUAGAUUGAUACAGGGACAAGUGACAAGGGCCCAGGAGGCUGAGGAAAACUACCUCAUAAAACGGGAGCUAGCCACCAUCAAACAGCAGAGUGAUGAGGCCAUUACUAAACUGGAGCAAGCUGAGAAUACCAUCAGGGAGCUCCAGCAGCAACAAUGGCAUAAGUGCAGUUCCCGCUACAGUGAAGACUUUGUGCUACAGCUGGAAAAAGAGUUGGUCCAAGCCAGACUAAGUGAAGCGGAAUCCCAUUGUGCUCUGAAGGAGAUGCAAGAUAAGGUUCUAGAGAUGGAAAAGAGGAACAGUUCUUUACCUGAUGAGAAUAAUGUUGCCAGACUCCAAGAAGAACUGAUUGCAGUGAAGUUGAGAGAAGCAGAAGCUUUGAUGGGCCUAAAAGAACUUAGACAGCAAGUCAAGGAUUUGGAGGAACACUGGCAGCGUCAUCUAGCUCGCACUGCUGGAAGAUGGAAAGAUCCAUCCAGAAAGAACACUGUGAAUGAACUGCAAGAUGAAUUGAUGACAGUCCGAUUGAGAGAAGCAGAAAGUCAGGCAGAUCUAAAAGAGAUGAAACAAAGAAUGAUGGAGAUGGAAACGCAGAACCACAUCAACAGUAACCAUUUACGGAGGGCGGAGCAAGAGGUCACCAAUCUACAAGGAAAGGCGCAAUAUCUUUCUGCGCAGAACAAAGGGCUUCUUGCUCAGCUGAGUGAAGCAAAACGUAAACAAGCAGAGACUGAGUGCAAGAACAAGGAAGAAGUGAUGGCAGUAAGACUCCGUGAAGCAGACAGCAUAGCAGCUGUGGCAGAACUCCAGCAGCAUAUUGCUGAACUAGAAAUCCAGAAAGAAGAAGGAAAAAUUCAAGGGCAGCUUAAUAACUCCGACUCUAACCAGUAUAUUAGAGAACUGAAAGAUCAGAUAGCAGAGCUGAAUGAUGAGAUCAGAUGCCUAAAAGGCCAGAAAGGCUUCUCCGACCAACCCACUUUUGAUGGGAUUCACAUUGUCAACCAUUUGAUAGGAGAUGAUGAGUCAUUUCAUUCUUCUGAUGAAGAUUUUAUAAGUAACUCCAUACAGGAGGAUAGGGUCCAUUUUCAUUUACACAGAAGGACUGGACAGAUGACUUUGGCCCCAACUGUGGUAGAUAGCAGUGACAGUGAUACUGAAGAAGGUGUUCUAGACACUGGGGAUAUGGACAAGAUUAUUCCAAAGCAAAAGAACCAGCAAAGAAUGGAAUCCUACUCUACUACUGUGUGA